UGUUUACUGGGAGGAAUCACGAAUGCAUCGUUGAUAUAUUUUGACCUUCUUGGCGGUAUCUUUUACGUGUAUGUGGUCUCUCUGGCAGUAACAAUGGGAUGCAGCAGAUUUGCGGUGCUGUGCGGCCUCGCUUUUAUUUUCCUUGUCGUCCACCCCGUCUGUGGAGACGUGAGCUACUCGAUCCCGGAGGAGAUGAAACGUGGAUCUGUAAUCGGAAAUCUCGCUAAGGAUCUGGGACUUGAUUUGGGCAGACUGUCUGCACGCAAAGCCCGCAUCGAUACUGAGGAUAACAGUGUGAAGUACUGCGGUGUGAAUCUCAACACCGGAGACUUGAUCGUACAAGAGAGGAUUGACAGAGAGGGGCUUUGUGCCAAAAAGGCAUCUUGUGUUGUGAAACAGGAGCUCGUACUGGAAAAUCCCUUAGAGCUGCACCGUAUUAGUAUCCGCGUUCAAGAUAUUAAUGAUAAUUCACCCCAAUUUAAAGAGGAGUCGCUGAAAUUGGAAAUUCAGGAAUCGGCCGUCAAAGGUGCGCGUUUCCUCUUGGAUGAGGCGCACGAUGGCGACAUCGGAGAAAAUGCUGUUCAAGGCUACUCGCUGCAGCAGAAUGAUUAUUUCAAAUUAAAUGUAAACACAAAAGCAGGUGGGCGAAAAUAUGGUGAGUUAGUGUUAGACAAAGAAUUGGACCGAGAGGACAACAAAGAGAUUACGUUACUGCUCACUGCAUUUGAUGGCGGCUCUCCUCAGAGAUCAGGUACUGUAGUCAUCCACGUUACUGUGCUGGAUGCUAAUGAUAAUGUACCAGUGUUCAGCCAGGCCGUUUACAAAGCCAGUCUGCCUGAGAACUCUCCUCUGGAUACACUGGUGAUCACAGUGAGUGCUACUGAUGCAGACGAGGGAGUGAACGGAGAAGUUAUUUACGGAUUUGAUCAUGUUUCAGAUGAAAACGAACUUUUCUCUCUGAACCCUAAAACUGGAGAGGUUAAAGUGGCUGCAGCUGUGGACUAUGAAAGGGAAUCAUCAUAUGAAAUGCAGAUCAGCGCUAAAGAUGGUCUGGGAUUGGCGUCAUAUGCAACGUUAAUUAUUGAGAUUACUGACAUAAAUGACAACGCACCAGUCAUACAACUGAAAUCACUGACAAACCCCAUACCUGAGAACGUGUCACCUGGUACAGAGGUGGGCAUCAUUAACGUGCAGGACAGAGACUCUGAGACCAACGGACAGGUCCGCUGCUCCAUUCAGCAAAACGUGCCUUUUAAGUUGGUUCCUUCUAUUAAAAACUAUUAUUCUCUGGUGAGCACAGGACAGCUGGACCGUGAAGUGGUGUCUGAUUACAACAUUACAAUCAGUGCCACUGACGAGGGCUCUCCGCCUCUGUCCUCGUCUAAAACUGUUCAGUUAUCUGUAGCAGACAUCAACGACAACCCACCUGUGUUUGAGGAGCAGUCGUACAGCGCAUAUGUGAGUGAAAAUAACAAACAUGGCUCCACUUUAUGUUCCGUGAGUGCUCGAGACCCCGACUGGAGACAGAACGGUACAGUGAUUUAUUCUCUGUUAGCCGGUGAGAUGAACGGUGCCCCGGUGUCCUCCUACGUGUCUGUGAACGGAGACACGGGGGUGAUCCACGCUGUGAGGUCGUUUGAUUAUGAGCAGUUGAGGAGUUUUAAAGUCCACGUGAUGGCCCGAGACAACGGUUCUCCUCCUCUGAGCAGCAACGUGACCGUCAGUGUGUUCAUAUCGGAUGUGAAUGACAACUGUCCUCAGAUCCUGUACCCCGCCCCGGAGGGCAACUCGUUCAUGACCGAGCUGGUCCCCAAAGCUGCCCACGGAGGCUCUGUGGUGUCCAAAGUGAUCGCGGUGGACGCGGACUCCGGCCAGAACGCCUGGCUGUCUUAUCAUAUCGUGAAGUCCACUGAUCCGGGCCUUUUCACUAUUGGUGUCCACAGCGGAGAGAUCAGGACACAGCGGGACAUUUCUGAAUCUGACAGCAUGAAACAGAACCUUAUUGUGGCAGUGAAAGAUAACGGCCAGCCCUCUCUGUCUGCCACCUGUUCCAUGUAUUUACUGAUUUCUGACAACUUGGCUGAGGUGCCCGAACUGAAGGAUAUUUCUUACGAGGAGAAGAAUUCCAAACUGACGUCUUACCUUAUUAUCGCUCUGGUGUGUGUGUCCACGUUUUUUCUGACGUUCAUCAUCAUCAUCCUGGGUGUGAGGUUUUGUCGCAGGAGAAAGCCCAGACUGUUGUUUGAUGGAGCAGUCGCCAUCCCCGGCGCUUAUCUCCCUCCUAAUUACGCAGAUGUUGACGGCACAGGAACUUUGCGCAGCGCUUACAAUUAUGACGCAUAUCUGACGACAGGAUCAAGAACCAGUGACUUUAAGUUUGUGACGUCUUACAAUGACAACACGCUGCCUGCUGAGCAGACUUUGAGGAAAAGUCCAAGUGACUUUGCAGAAGUGUUUGGAGAGUCAGAUGGAUCACCAGAGGUAGGAACAUUGUGUUUCAAGAUCCAGCCCAAUUCCUUAAAGUCCAAAUACUGUUCUUUAUUUUACUUGUUCAUUUAAUCAGUUUUUGUUUUUCAAACGAUCCUUUUUAAAUUAAAACACACCUGGGAUGUUUCCCCGACAUAAUUCAUUCCAAAUUAAGUGUCUCCUGGCUUCAUGUAUUGCCUUUUGUUUCACUUUUUCCUAUAGUCACAUAUUCACCAUCAUAACUUCACAAGGAUUCGGCGAUUAGUGUUUCCAUCGCAGUAUGCGGUAUUUCAAAUUAUGUGGUCGUAUUCGUCGACGUAGUUGAUCUGUUUUGCUUCAUAAUUUAGGGUAAAAUAACAUGAUCUAUCAUUAAACACGGCACUGGAAUUUCUGUCUUUUCACUGAGCUGCAGUUUGUUCGUUAUGUCGCUGUCCUUGGUGCUGAACCUUGCUCUUGCCUUUGUGAUUUGGAGCCACUAAGUGCUGUCUUUUGUUUUCUUACUGGUC